AUGGAUGUUAUCCCAGCAGAAAUAGCGAUCGAAAUAUUUUCUCGAGUACCAGCAGAAACAAUCUUAGAAUGCGAAAGUGUUUGUAAAACAUGGCAAAAUCUCUUAUCACUUGAUAAGAAGUUCAUUGACAUGCACUUUCGCCGUCAACAGGAUCUACUAGAUCAUCAUGAACAAAAGGUAAGUCUAGGUCUUAUUUUCUUAUGCAAGUCAAAAAACUUAAGCGGUCAUGAACUCUUCUACGGAGAAUAUGAUCAGACGAAUAACAAUAAUAAUAGUAAAGAGGAGUGUAGCAUUCCUAACACAGUUAGACUAAUCAAUCAUCCUCCCGUUCGAUCACAAAAGAAUUACAGCACACGUUUGCUAGUUGGUUCUUGCAAUGGUUUGAUUUGCUUAGCCGAACCUAGAAUGUAUGGCGUCAAGGAUCCAAUCCAUAUCUGUAAUCCCAUUACUAGAGAAUGUUCAAAUCUUCAAGGAUUUAACGAAACUAAUGACUACCAUCAUGUUACUUGUAUACAUAGUGGUUUUGGUUACAGUGCAGAAACCAACGAGUACAAGGUUGUUAGAAUCUUAUAUAGCUUUGGUGCUGGUACAGCAGAUCUACAAGUAUACACUCUUGCUGGUGGUAGUGGGUGGAGAAAAAAAGGGGUAGUCACCUACAUGUUAUCUGAAGAACAUGGUGUCUUUGUUAAUGGAGCUAUACAUUGGUUAGAUAUGAAUGAAGAAGACACGAUGAUAAUGGCCUUCAAUUUGUCAGACGAAGGUGGUGAUUGUUUAGAUAUAUGGACUUUUAAGAAAACAUCGUCAGGUACUACUACGUCCAUUACAGUUGGCAAUAACAAGUACGAGUCGUGGAGUUGGUGUAAAGAGUUCAGUAUCGACCUUGAAGGUUCAUCCUCUUGGGAUAACGUACCUGUUGCGUUCACAAAGACUGGUUUAUUAGUACUCUGGUAUGCAGACUUGUCGAUUGUCUCGGAGAAAGGGACAUUCUAUAGUUACAACCCGAAAACUGCAACUUGGUAA